AGGCUAGCCCCGCGAGCCCGACAGAAGUGAACCAGUUCACCCGGUGCCUGAGACGGAGCCGGGAGCCACGGCCAGAAGCUCGGCCCCAGACUUUUCCCAAAAGGACCGAUUGGUCUCGGGUGGAUUCGAACUUGCGAACUGAAAGCCCCCCGAGGGCGGGGGAGGUGGGGGACGGAAGAGGUGGUGGUGGUAGAGGAAAAGGAGCCAGAGGACGAAGGAGGGGGCCCUUCGGAAGCCGGAGGCGCAUCCGCGGGGCGGGGCGGACUGGGUAGGGGAGUGGGCGGAGGCACCCUGGAACUGAGGAGCGACGCCCACCUACGGGGGCGGGGGAGCUGCGGUGAGCGGAGCUCGCUCUUAGAGGCCUCCACUGAGUUUGCGCAAGGCUUCUAGUCCUCCCCUCGCUUACAGGGUUGAGCCACACGUAGUCAGCCUAGCGCCUCUGCGCGUGACGUCACCAUCGUCCCCGUCCCUCCCCCCGACGUCCCCCUACGUCCCCGCCGCGUCGCUUGGGUCGGGCUGGCCGCGGGUGCUGCCGCCAUUUUGCUCUCGCUGAGCUGAGGCGGCUGCUUUCCCGAAGUCCGCUAGUACCCGGAGUAGGAGAGACACGCGAGGCCCUCGCCGCGGGCGGAAACCCCUUGUCGCCGCCGCCUCCUCCGCCAUCAUGCCGUCGUCGCCGCUGCGAGUGGCCGUGGUGUGUUCGAGUAACCAGAACCGGAGCAUGGAGGCGCACAACAUCCUCAGCAAACGAGGAUUUAGUGUCAGAUCCUUUGGAACAGGAACUCAUGUGAAACUCCCAGGACCAGCACCAGACAAGCCGAAUGUUUAUGAUUUCAAAACAACAUAUGAUCAGAUGUACAAUGAUCUUCUUAGGAAAGACAAAGAACUCUAUACGCAAAAUGGUAUUUUGCACAUGUUGGACAGAAAUAAGAGAAUCAAGCCCCGGCCCGAAAGAUUCCAGAACUGUAAAGACUUGUUUGAUCUCAUCCUCACCUGUGAAGAGAGAGUCUAUGACCAGGUAGUAGAAGAUCUAAAUUCCAGAGAGCAAGAGACCUGCCAGCCGGUGCAUGUGAUUAAUGUGGACAUUCAGGACAACCACGAAGAAGCCACAUUAGGAGCCUUUCUCAUUUGUGAGCUCUGCCAGUGUAUUCAGCACACAGAAGACAUGGAGAACGAGAUAGAUGAGCUGUUACAGGAGUUUGAGGAGAAAAGCAGCAGGACUUUCCUCCACACGGUCUGCUUUUACUGAAGCCUCGGUGGCUUCCCAGGCCUUAGAGUCUAAUGAAGCCUGUCAAGUUUUCUGACUUCCCUGCUCUCCCUGAAGACCAUCUUCGAAUCUUCCUUUUGUUAAUACUUUUUUCCUUCAUGGUGUUUGUUUUGACUUUUAGGUAUUCUGCCGGGAGGAGGCAGUACUACCCAAAUAAACUGUACAUAUACAAUGAGAAGAGAGAGAUACAUAGAGGCCGUAUAAAAAAAUCAAGGUUUUUCCCUAUCCCACUUUUCCUUGUUAUAAGUGGGAUGUUAAUUAUAAUAAGGAUUUUUUCUUUUAAUGAAAAAAGGUUUAUAUUGUAUUCCCCCCAUCCCUGGGCUUAUUCAUUUCCUUGGUUGUGCAUUUUUCUUUCCUGUAAUUAGCUGGAGUAUACAAAGACCUGAAUGAAACAAUGGAGUGUAUAUGACUAGGUAUGAACUUGGAAGUAUCCAAUCAAAAGUGCCAGCAGGCUGCCCUCUGCCUUCUGAACAGAAGGGUUCAUUGCUCCCUUUUUCUGAACCUGGAUCCAGUCAUGUUGCACUAAGGAGAGGUUGUUGAUUGAAAACCUGGAUUCAGAAGCCGUUCUGAAAAAGGGACCUUGACAGAGAGUGAACAGGGGAACAGCAGCAGAGCCACCACUGACUGGCCGGGGUUGGCCAACAGACAUCCCCAGGGACUGCGGCCCCCCUCUUCACUCACAAACGUUGCCCAUGUUGCCAUUGGACGGACAAGUCUGGUCUUGGUUCAGCACAGACUCCAAGCAAACCUUAUUGUGUUGGUUUUGUUUUGUUUAUGGAUUUUAAGAAAUGACAAGUUCCCGGAAGGGUUUCUUGUUUUCUGACUAAGAGAAUCUUCCAAGCAGAAGAGCCUCCUUAGGUUCUGAAGGUGGGAUGCCUGAUCCCCUGGGACCGCUGCUUAGCGCUUCACUUCAGCCUGGCGGCACCUCACGUCUCCUCACCUUUUUUGUAUCUUUCUUGUUUGCUGCUCAGAGCAUCCAAGAUGCUCCCCUCAUGCUGGAUGAACUGACCGGAAGAGAGCUUCAAUUCAGAAGCCCUGAUGCUCUACCCAGUUGGGACCGGUCCAUGAUGGGGCCCGACUUCCUGACUCUUCUGAAGCCUGUGGAGAGACCGUGAGCAGCGGCUUUCUGGAGAGCCCUGGAAGGGGAUGGUGGAAAAGUCUUUGGCAUCUAUCCAUUCCCAGAGGUCCAGGAUGGGGCCUUAGAACGGCUUUUCCUUAACUCUCGCUGGUCUGUCCAACACAAGCUCAUCUAUUUUCCUGUCUCUAAUGUCAGCCUUUGUUACCUUGUGAGGUAAUAAACUCCUGACUUAAUAAAUUAAAGAAAGAAUUAAAA